AUGACUCCCCGGAAGAGCAGGGCCCAACGGAGACUCCCCAGCUCGGUGCUAGCGCUUCAACAUGAAAAACUGCAGGGGUUUUCCCUCCAGCUGCCGCUUGAACGUGCAGCAGGGGCCCGACGAGGCCUGGUGGCUGCUCGAACAGGCAGGGCUGGUUCCCCGCCCCCCCGGCAUCUGAACGCGCAGCGGGGCCCCCCAAAGCGACUCCGCAGCCACAGCCGGAGUCCUCUCCGUUUUAAUGGCCAAGGGCUGCUGGAAACAGCCGAACCAGCCAACGGGCGGCUGAGACACCUGACGGACCCAUUGGUGCUGAACGGCAGGAAAGUGGAGGAGCGCCCGGGGCCGCCCGCCGCAGCUCCCAGCUUGCUGGAGGGGUCGGACAAGGAGGCAGUGCUGAGGCUCCUUGGCCUGGACUUGGAGCAGAGCCCUCCACCUCAAUCCGCCUACAUCCCAGUGCCCAGACAAAGGAAGCUGUCGGGCAAAGCCAGGAUUGACGAGGUCAUGGCUGCCGCGGUCCUCACCAGCCUGUCCACCAGCCCGCUAGUGCUCGCCAACCCACCCAGCGCCUUCAGCCCAGAGCCCGGCUGCGAGGCCUGGAAGGACGGUCCGGCCAUGUCGUCCAGCUACAGCAGCAGCAGCAAUAACAGCGGGGACUGGAGCUGGGACCUGCCGAGCGACCGCUCGACCCCGUCCACCCCCUCGCCUCCGCUUCCCAGCGAUGCUGCCAAGAGCUUCCUGCCGGCCGCCCCGCUGGAUGACAGCACGGAGGAGACCGAGGCGACCCACUUCCUCUUCGGCGAUCCCAUCCCACGGAAGAGGAAGAACUCCACCAAGGUCAUGUUCAAGUGCUUGUGGAAGAGCUGCGGCAAGGUGCUCAGCAGCUCCUCAGGGAUGCAGAAGCACAUCCGGAUUGUCCACCUCGGUCGGAAAGCUGACCUGGACCAGAGCGAUGGCGAGGAGGACUUCUACUACACGGAGCUGGAUGUCAACGUGGACUCCCUGACGGAUGGGCUAUCCAGCCUCACCCCCGUGUCCCCCACCUCCUCGGUGCCCCCGGCCUUCCCCGUCCCGGAGGUGCAGACUGCGCCGCCCCUUCUGGUGAAACCCGAGGUCUCCCUGGUGUCUCCCCUCAGCCACUCGGCGCCCACAAACUUGUGCCACGUCCAAACUGACCACGCCUAUCAGGCAACGGCUCCUGUGAGCAUCUCGGCCGUCUCGAAAACCCUGCCCGGUGGGUUGGGAUUCAGCAUCUCCUGGCAGCAGCCAUCGCCACAGGCACCGGUUGUUUUUAAAGGGUCCCCGGGCUGCCUGACUGCGAUCCGGCCCGUUGGAGUGGGAGACAAGCGGCCGCAGAUCCCCCACCUGCCCGUCAUCAAGCCGCAUGUGCCAGCGGCCCCCGCUGCGCCGAAGCCAGCCUCCGGGACGAGGAAACCCCGUGGGGAGGCCAAGAAGUGCCGCAAGGUGUACGGCAUGGAGAACCGGGACAUGUGGUGCACGGCGUGCCGGUGGAAGAAAGCCUGCCAGCGGUUCGUCGACUGAGCAGCGCCCUGCUGGGACCUCCGGGCUCUGGGAAGUCAGCAGCGACUCCUCUUCCUCCUCCUCCUUGCACAAUUUUUUUUUUUUUUUUCCUUUUGCACUUCAAGUGCCUUUGGAGCCUCGACUCCUGCUCCCUGCCCCCCGGGGGCCUUGACAGCAACGGGCCAGACUCGGGGAAGGGAGCCCUUGGCCUGGCACUGCCCUGAGGAGCCGGAGAGGACAGAGCGGGCGUGAAAGGACGUGGGGGGGUCCUCUAAAAAGGAGGAACGUGCGCAGCGGCGGCCAGGCUCGCAGCCUCUCGUGGGCUGGGCCCUAGCCGCGUUCUUCCCCUUGCGCCCCAUCUCUCCCUGCCCGCGUCCAGCCUCGGCCUGGCAGAAGCUUUAUGUGCACGCGCUCGCUGACACCCCCGAGCUCCUUUUCUCUUUCCUUUCAGAUAAGCUAUUUCCUCCUUCCACGUUUCUGCCACUACGUUCCCACUCCUCCUCCUGCCCGGGUGCCUUUAAGGAGCCAGUCGGCACAGCUGGGGGGGUCUAUCUGGCUUUGGAGACUGCUGGCUCAGGCUGGGAGACGGGGACGCUGCAGCCCUUCGGAAGGGAGGAGAAUAGACCUGGGUCUGCUGGCUCUUCAGGUGGGGAGGGGAGAUGGCCCCUUGCCUUCCUGGCUGUAAUUUUGCUUUGGAGCCUUGUCCUACUUCCAUCGUUGAAAGCGGAAGAACGCACCCGACGCAGCCUCGUGUUCGGCGGCGUCUCUUCCGAAUCUCUGGGUUUCGAGGAGCCGGGAUCUCCCCCAUCCCCGCGGGGAGCCCUGUGGGCAGACGGGGCACGUCACAAGGCCCUGGGGCGGGUCGGGCAAGACCCGGCUGCGCCUGCGAGAGCUCGUCUCCUUUUCCCGCUGUGCUUUUCCACCUGGAUCAGCAGCAGCCCCAUGGCUCCCUUUGCCCCGUCCCUUCCCCUUCCCCCUCGGUGUGUGGAUCGGGGGGCACCAAGGGCUGAGGCGGCGCCUGGUCGCCUCCCACUCCCCAGGGUGAGGUUGUUGGUUUUUUUUAGACUUUGUAACUUUUAAAAAAAAAAAAAAAAAAAAAAAAGAAAAAAAGAAAAGAAAAAGGAGGGGUUGCCCUGCCCUGUCCUGUCCUGUCCGUGCAGGGUUUGGGGGCGCCGCUCCAGGAAGUGCCUGAGUCAAGUCGCCCAUUUGCACUAAGUCAAACUGCACAAAGAGGUUUCUUUUUUUUCUUUUCUUUGUGUGUGUUUCUUUUUUUUUAAAUAAAAUCUAUUGCCCAGCUGGAUUUUAAAUACUUCCCCCAGGACCUGCCAGAGAGAGGGAGGGAGGGCCAAAAGCCCCAUCCCUUCCUCUCCCAACCCAUGCCUCCUUGCUUCUAUAUUUUUUUUAAGGACUACAUUUCCCAGAAUCCUCUUCUCUCCCAGGUUCCCCCCUAUACCCCAAAUUUUAGCACCCUCCCCCUGGUUUUCUAAGCAGGCAGCACUCGUGACCGGGAAGCAGAGCGCCCACCUUGAGCGCGGUUUUAACCUGCCCAACAACGGUCUCGACUGCGGGGGUGCGGAGAGUCCAGUGGUGUUUGCUCACGUUUGAGGUCCCCCCCACCCCAAGCCUUCUUCCCAAAAACGGUCCAUUGUGAACGCCUGGAUGUGUGCGUGCAUGUCUGUGUGGCCCGAUAUCUUUAUUUUUUUUGUCGAGCCGUCGUUUGGGUUCUUGUAGCGUGGCCGGGUCCUGUGAUUCACUUGGUUUUGUUACUGAUCCGACUGCUGCCUGCCGGGGUCCGGGCAGGAAAGCCCCUGUUCUCUGAAUGUAUUAAUGAAGGUCCGUUUGCUGCUGGA